GUGGAAUUCGGUGUUUGGACCUUUGGGUUUUGGAUUCUACCCCACAAACCCUAACUAGUCUUCUCUCCCUCUUGGCUUUUUCUGCAUUUGUCCACAACAUCCGAUUAACAUAAUAAUAUUACUAUCACAAAAUGAGUAAACAAAAGAAUCCUUCUUUUUCACCCUCAACAAAAAAGAAAAGUGGGGAAAAAAACACACAGCAGUAGUACCUAAACAACUACUAAUAUAAGUGCCAAAUUAUAAAGUGAGUGAGUCACUCUUAUAUUACUAAUAAUCAUACUCCAAAAUACACCUUCCUCCCCUCUUCCCCUUUCUUUGUCCUUUUUCUCUCCAAGCUUUUCUUUCUGCCUAUGGAUAGCCAAAGGGUUCCUUUUCUUAGUUGGGCACACUUCUAUCAAGGAAAGGGCAUUGAUGAACUGAGGCAGGCUCUUGUACUGACUACCAUGGAGCUGGAAGGUACUAGGCUUAAAGCUCAAGAAGAGCUUAAAAUGAGAGAUGACCAACUCUUUGAGAUCAGAGAAUUGCUAAACAGAACCAUUAAAGAAAGAGAUGAAGCUCAUGAUCAAUGUCAAAGACUCAUUCUUGAGAAAUUACUCAUCCAGCAACAGCAGCAACAACAGCAGCAGCAGCAGCAACAGCAGCAGCAACAACAACAACAGCAGCAGCAGUUAAUGCUUCAGUUAUCACAGAAUCAGCACAAGAAUCAUCAUCAUCAUCAGUCAGCCCCUCUUUCUGGAGUUUCAAGCAUUGAAGAUGAGCCAAUUAGAGGAGUGGAUUCCAACAAUGGCUUUUCUUCCUCUGACUGUGAAGAAAGCAUUGUUUCUUCUCCAGUUAUUGACCCAAUUCACCAUCAUCAGCAGCAGCAAGAAAUACCACCACAACUGAAACAAUCAGUACUAGAAGAGCAGCAAGACCCAACAUCGCUAAUGUUGGCAGAUAGGCCACUGCCUGAAAAGGGCAAACUUCUGCAAGCUGUUAUGAAAGCAGGACCCCUUCUUCAGACACUUCUCUUGGCCGGCCCUCUUCCUCAGUGGCGCCACCCUCCGCCGCCGCUUGAUUCUUACCAAAUUCCACCACCACCGGUGCUCCUCCCAUCUCCAACACCAUCACCAAAACCAGCAUUUCCUACCGGUUCCCUCCAUCAAGAUUCUUUGCUAACUAACCUUCCUGCCUACAAUGGUAUCAUAAACAACUGUGGUACAGUAAACAGGAAACGGGUUUUCUCAGAGGGCUCUGAUUCUUCCUCUGAAAACAAGUAUCAAAGACUUGUUCUUCAAUGACAGAGUAGUACUACUCUGCCUACCAGGCUACUACUUCUACAAAUUUUCCUAUUCUAUUUGAGCAGGCUUUGGAUUUUCGAUUGUUUUAGAUAUGAAAUUCAACUGAUCAUACCACAUUCUGUAUAUACUACAAGAAGUCUUCUUGAUUUAGUGAGUAAAGAUCAGAUCUUUAGUUAGUUUGUAGCAGCAAAAGAACUCUAGCUAGGGAGGCAGAGAAUUUGUGGUUGUAUUGUGGGUCCUUUUUCGGUUGCUGCAUGUAUUUGGUUGAAUUUGUCUCCUCCACAUGACUAAUUCUUCCUCUUCCUUAUGCCAAAGGUGGGAUUUCAUCUCUGAUUUGUCUUUGUAUAAUUCCAGAAUUGCAACGUGGGAUAUCUAGCUGAUAAUAUAAACUAUUAGUAUCACUUUGCUUGAAUGGGAUUCUAUACUUUUCAGUCUUAAAUCUAAUGCAAAAAUCCCAACUUUUUUCAAGAAAAUUGGGAGUAGUUAAUAAAGAUAGUGUGGAAUGUGGAAGAAAGGUUAGGCAACAACAAAAGAAGGUCCAUGGGAGGAGCCUUUCUCUGUCGGGAUUGAAGGCCCACGAAUCAGCAGAGGAUCUAAUGACAUCUUUGAAAUGUACCUAAUUACAAUUAUUUAAAGUCGACUUGAUGUAUCUGUGAUUGUCAUCUGCUUCUGUAGUCUAAUAGUAGUACUUUGAUCUUUUAUUAUCACUCCUUUCUCUAUCAAUUCCCACGUAAGUUUUGCAUAACCAUUUUUGAAAGGG